CUAUUUUGCUGCAGCGAAAUAAUCGAAACAAAAGUGUUGUGUUUUGUUGACAUUCUUGAAUUUAUUUUAAAAAGCAUUAAAAAUGGGGACACCGCGUCGCAACUAUAACUUCUCGCACCAGACACCAGGUCAAUAUCCCUCACAGUCAGCGGAGUACAUGUCUCACCAUGCCGGGGGUGGUAUACAAAAUCCAGGACAGCAGCAACAAAAUUUCGGAUUCUACGAAGAUAAGAGGGCAUACGGCGGAGGCAAUUACCGGGAAGCCCCUUCAUCCACACCACAUUUCUAUCAAAACAAAACACCUCACGAACAGCGCCAGGGACAAGGUGGCAGAUUCUUUGGUCGCGGCAAUCGAGGACGUUCGUAUCAGCAUCGUGGUGGCGGCGGCGGUGGUGGUCAGCACAGGGAUUCUGGUAACGCCUUCUCUCAGUACUAUCAUCCCUCAAUGCUUGAGGACCCUUGGCGGGAUCUGAUGGCACGCCACAAUGCAAUUCACAACAUUAAAGCACAAUCAGAGCAAAGUGAUUCUUAAGAUCUUCUUUAUACAAUUAAACAACAGUUUUACAAAUGCAAAUGGGCAAAGAUAAAGAGAAGGGGAAAAUAAUAAAAUCUAAACAUUU